UUAUAGCGGGGUCUACAAGUCAAUUUUUAGAACAAUCAAAAGAGCAAGAAGAAAAUAAUGUGAACGGGUCUACUAAUGAACAAAUUGAAAAACAAGACGAGGAAAAAGUAAAGGAAAACAAAUUUUAUUCAAAAUUAGUUGAAGAAAUUAAUUGGAAUUUGGGCUAUAAACAGCCGACUGAUCAAAAGGUUUGAGGGGAACUUUAAAAAAGAUCGGGCUGAGUUUGGUGUCAUUCAAGUCAGCUUGAGGAGCUCUUUCGAAUGAGAUAUUGCUUGCAUAUUUGAAUUUUGUCUCAAGAGAUGAACUUAACCCACCCAUGGGGUUACAAUAAUUGGGGGCCUAUAUCUCCGUCCAUAGCCAGAGACUGGUACCGCCGACUCAGUUCCUAGGGCAGGUAUCGAUCGUGAUAGAAAGCUGGAUCUCCAAUUUUCUUCCUUACAAUGAAAUGCUUUACCCGUGGCGCUGCUUCCACCUUCUCUUUCGAUAGAUCCCCCUCGUCUAGAUAAAGAUCCCCCUAUAGAUCCCUCUCGUUUUAAAUGAUAGCCAGCUGAAUCUCCUCCUUUCUUCCUUACAAUAAAAAUUAAUUUUCAACAGAAAAAAGUAAUUCAAACUGUGGCAAAUUUGUUGGUGCCCUAUGUGGAAAAGUUUUCUCGCGUUGAAGAAAAAGUUGUCUAUGCUUAUGCUGCUGGAAGUAUGAUGGUUAAAGCAUUAACUACAGCUAGACGAAUUAAUAAAUAUAAAGAAAUGGUUGAAAAUGUUGAAGAAAAAAUGUUAAAAAUUAAAGAAGAGAAGGGAAGGGUGAUGAUGGAAAUGAAUAAAAAUGGACACGAAGAAGGAACAAUAGUUGAAGAAGGAGAAAGGGUGGAAGAAGAAGAAGAGGAAGAAAAGGUAGGAAAGUGA